AUAUCGAUACCGAUGUUGAUAUCGAUAAUUAUUAAAACUACAAUUUAGUGAGAGAGGAAAUCAUGAAUUGUAAGCUUGAGAAAAUACAAAGUUUGAAUGGUUACAAGAGAUUACAAGUAUAUCUUUUUUAACUAAAUGGUAAUCUAGUUAAUUAGUUAAUGAGAUCUAAGGCGUUCGGAAGUAUUUAUUUAAAUGAAAUUAAUAUUUUUCGGAUUACUAUGCCUAUUUUGUUAAUUUAAAAACUACAUACUGAUAACGUGAUCACGUUUGCUGCAAAGGAACAGCAGGUAACUUUAUUGAUAUAGGAUCGGGCAAUUUGUGGUUUACCAAUUAUCAUUGUAUCUGAUUUGAGCAACAUCGGUAAAUAUUAAAAGUAUCGAUAUUUCAAUACGUUACGAUUAUCGAUAGAUGUCGCUAAUCACCAUCCCUAUUUCGGUUUAUUUGAUUCAUAUUUCAUACAAGCUGUUGGCGCCGAUGGUGUACUACCUAUCAUCUUAUUUAUUUCUUUGUUUUGAAGUGUUUUGUCAUUGUUGGGUUUGAAUUAAAAUUAAAGAAAUGAAAAAAGGAUAUAAGGUGACCGAUGUUAAAAGGGAGAAAAAAAUUGGUGUCGCUGCUGAGAACCUAGAGGAACUUAUUGAGAAGUCCUGUAAAAAGUUAGGGUUCAAUGUCAGCUGCGCAGAGUGCCGUCUGUAUGUGGCUGAGGACGGGACUCAGGUAGACGACGAGGACUAUCUCAGAACCUUAGCACCACAAACAUUAUUUAUUCUGUUACAGGAAAAUGAAACAAUGGUUACUGACUUUGACUACUUCUACAAUAUGAUUUCUUCUGUCAAAAAGGAUUACCUUAACACAGGGAAGGCUGCUAAGGAAUUUCUAAAUGUCAAUCUUAAAGAAAAAUUUAAAGUACUUGAAAGAUAUAUUUCAGCAGCUAACGAUUCUAGGGCUAUGAUAAGUGAGAGGACACAGGAUCCAGACUGGUUUGAAGGUCUUGAUUCAAGUGAGAAAACAAAGGAACAGUCAAUGUCAAAAAGAGCCAAGGAACGCAUGAGGGGUUAUUAUUACAAAACUAAAACAGCAUUACAGUCUUCGCAACUGUAUAUACACACGAAAAACGGACAAAGCAAGAAACUCAUAGACCUGUUCCUAUUGGAAUUGCGUAGAAGACUUGAAAAUAGUAAGUAUAAUGGGGAUUACUUUAAUAGGAAAGGUAGUGAAGGUGUACGAUUGUGCAACGAAAAUGGUCUCUUUGAAUGUGGAGGGCUAUGGAAUAAUAAGAAAUGUAUUUACGAAGGUGAACAUGUGAUCAAUCCUUAUAGAAGCCGCGAAGAAAGGAUUAUAUUCCAAACUUGGAAUUUAGAUCACAAGAUUGAGUUGUCUCGGUCCAUCAUACCGAAUAUACAAGAGGCGAUCAGGAAUAUUAUUCAUGCAAAUGUAAAAUGCGUGAUGUGCAACGUAAGUUCGGGUAAAGGUCACAUAGAAAUUGACCGAUACUAUUUACAAAUAUUCACUAGCGAUAAUCUAAAAUUAGUUCAUAUAGUUUGUCAUGAUAAAGGCAAACACAGUGCUGAAUCAAGUGCUUAUAUUUUAUGCCAAAAAUGUUUUGGUAAUUAUAGAGUUUAAGUGUAUUUUAAUCAAUUUCAGACUGAGUUGCCACUUCUCUAUCCUUACUCUUAUAUUUUUUGAUAAUCUUACUCUUACCCUUAGUAAUGUGAUAUAAUUAUUUAUGUUCGAAUCAGAAUGCUUUUGAACAGUGACCAUUUACAAGAUUUUGCUAUUCCAAAACAUCAUAUCAGGAUAUAUAUAUGACAAUGUUUAUUUGAGAAUAUACUGACAUGUAUAUUAUAUAUAAGGAUAAAUUAAAUUUUAUUAUAUGUAGAAACCUGAUAUUGUUAAUUAAAUUAUGGACUUUUAUAUUCCCUACUUGAUAUCCUGUACCCUUAGGAAUUAGGAACCAUCUUAGAUAUUGAUCUCAAAGUUACUGUUAUGACUUAUAACAUUAUUUUUUAUAUAAAUUUUAUGUACAGUUUAUGUAGAUUCCGUUACAAAAUGAUAUAUUUUUGUGACAAUGAAUUUAACUAUGCAGGGUCGUAGUCAUUGAGGGGAAUCUUGUGUUUUUGUUAAUUUUAUUCUGUUAACAAUAUUAACAUGUUAAUAUCAAAUUAUUUAUAGUUCCAUAAUUUAUAUUUGUUGAAAUUUUCCAAAUAAUUUUGUUAUGUAUUUUAUUAUAGUUCUUCUAAGAAAUUUUAUUCAAUGAAAUAUUAAGUUUAAACAUAAAUCCAAAAUAAUAUUUAAAAAAACUUAAAGAAAUAUAUAAAUGGCAAUAUUGUAUGAGGAUUUAAGAAAAAUUUCAAUUCUUAAUUUAUAAAGAAAACUAUGUUAAAAGUAAUUUUUAACCUCCAACUAAUUGUAAGUAAAUUUUAUUGGACAUUUUUUUUUUUAAUUUUUUAUUAUAUCAAUGAGUUUGUAUACACAAUGAUAAUUUAUGUUUAAGUAAAUGAAGUACUGUAUUUUAAAUAUUGAUGAAACAAUAAUAUUUGCAGGUAUUCAACUAUUGUAACACUAUUUACAAAUCUAUAUUUAUAUUUUGAUGAAUUAGCGACGGAAAUUUAUGUAAUAAAAUGUAGACACUUCCAAAGUAGCUUUAUGAUGUUAAUGUGUAGCAUGAAAUAAAAAUAUAUAGAUAAAAAAUAAUAUUCACCGUUUUAGAAUGUAGAUAAAAAAAUAAUUAAUGUUUAUUGAUAUAGGUAGUGCAAGCAAUAUUAGUUUAGUUAUGAAUAACAGUCACCAAUAAUAUUACUCAUAUAAUUAUCAGAUGUUAAUAAAAUAAUAUGUUGAACAUAGAGUAGGGCAUAAAAUUAUUUAUAUGAAAAUUGCAAAUGAUCUUACUUAUAAAGUUGAAAUUCCUUGCUUUGCUUCCAUCCAAAUCUGUGAAGAUUAUUCGCUUAACAUGAUUAUUAUUGUUAGAAAAAUUAACUGUAUACAGUAUUAAUGUUAUAUUACCUUCUCCAUGUUAGUUUAAUAUAAAUAAAAAUGUAUUUAAAGAAA